AUGGCUCCUCUUAUUCUUCAUAACGUCCCAGAUGACGAGUGUUACGUUGGCGACGAUGGCAUCAAGCGACCUUAUGCCAUGUACUUCAAUCCACAAGAUGCUCCUCAAGCUGCCCGAUCACGUCGCAGCGCCGCCGAGUCUGGCUCGUUCGGUAAAUCAACCCGUCGCUCGCGAUCGCGUACCGGAACACCAGCUCGUAGUCGCGAAAACCCUACACUAGCUGCUGCGGAUAAGCUCUUCGGUGACUGGGUAUCGAACCAAGCGGCUGCGGCCCCUGCUCAGACUGUCCAGCGUAAGAGCAGCGGUAUGAUGCAGGAGGAGGUUGCUACCCAACGACCUGUGACUUCUACACCUGUCGAGCUUAUCCUUCGCGGCUACCGAUCGUACACCCAGCAGUAUGCUGCCAUCUCCCAUUACGAAUCCCUCGCUGGCGCGAUCUUGGAGGACUAUCCUCGCGAACCCCCUGCCAGUCAACGUCGAUACAAGUCCGAAUUACGCGAUCCUGCGUUCACGCGACGCCGUAACCUCACAGCCGAUGAGCGAGCCAUGGUGAACCGUGCGGACGGUGGAGAUCAUUGGGUCAAGGUCACAUUCGAGAGCAGAGAAGCUGCUGAAGCUGCAACUUUUGCCAGCCCUCAAAGAAUCCUGGGACAUCUUGUCUACGCUGAGCCAUACCGAGGAGUUCCUCCUGCCAAGGAUGAGGCUUGCCCUGAUAUUGAUGCUGCUGUCCCCGAGCACAACCGAUCACAGAGCAUGCCGGCCGCCGUCCCCAUCACAAAUGCUCGAAAGAACCCAUUUAGUGGUCCUACAUCGUUCAACAGCCGUCUCCUCGACCUUUCACCACCUCAUUCGCAAACAUCUAGCCUUACCAUGGAUACUGGAACCAUCAGCAACUCGCACGCUUCUACCGCUACAAUUAUCGAACCGAUCCCUCUCCCUCAAGCCACCACGUCAAGCAUCGAGCCUAUGGAGAUUCGUGAUGAAGACAGUGUAUUCUGUCGUCGAAUUCCUACUGCCCGCCGUGCUACCAUUCUUCCCGCUGAACAAGCUCUUCUACCUCAGCAGACCAUGAUGCAGCGGGUGAUCAAUGCCAUUCCUUUCGUUAAGUGGUUUGGCGGUAGCAUGAUUGGUAAUGAGGUCCCCCGAACCGAGACUGGCGAGUUUGACUGGAGCAAGGCAAGCCUAUACUGGAAGCUCAUCUGGUGGCUGGAUGCUACUAUUGGACUGUUUGGGGGUGAUGUGCUCAACGCCGACAAGGACGACUAG